UGGAACAGAACUCUCUCCAAGUGUGAUGAACUAGUGGAGCAUGGAGCUUCAGUAUGUGAGAGUCCAGCUGAAGUAAUCAAGAAAUGCAAAUACACAAUCGCUAUGCUCUCUGAUCCUUCUGCUGCUCUUUCGGUUGUUUUCGAUAAAGAUGGUGUUUUGGAGCAAAUCUGUGAAGGAAAAGGUUACAUAGAUAUGUCAACAGUUGAUGCAGAGACUUCCUUAAAGAUCAAUGAGGCAAUCACCGGAAAAGGUGGUAGAUUCGUCGAAGGUCCGGUUUCCGGUAGCAAAAAGCCGGCGGAAGAUGGCCAACUCAUCAUUCUUGCUGCUGGUGACAAGGCGCUAUUCGAUGAAUCGAUCCCUGCUUUUGACGUCUUGGGGAAGAAGUCUUUCUUCUUGGGACAAGUUGGGAACGGAGCUAAGAUGAAACUCAUAGUGAACAUGAUCAUGGGAAGCAUGAUGAACGCUUUCUCCGAGGGGCUUGUGUUGGCUGACAAGAGUGGGCUUAGCUCUGACACUCUUCUUGAUGUUCUGGAUCUUGGUGCGAUGACGAACCCGAUGUUCAAAGGGAAAGGACCGUCGAUGAACAAGAGUAGUUACCCACCAGCUUUCCCAUUGAAGCAUCAGCAGAAGGACAUGAGGCUAGCUCUUGCUCUUGGUGAUGAAAACGCUGUUUCUAUGCCUGUAGCUGCUGCUGCUAAUGAGGCUUUUAAGAAGGCGAGAAGCUUGGGGCUUGGAGAUCUUGACUUCUCUGCUGUGAUCGAAGCUGUGAAAUUCUCCAAGGAA